AUGGAUGAAUACACCACGAACAUCUUCGUUAAUGACGAUACAAUUCCCGCCGCCGAUGGUGCUACCUCCGACCAUGAAGACCCUCAAAAUUCGGACACGGAACAGCAUCCACCCUCAUCAUCCCGAGGAAUACGCGGUCGCGUAGCCGCUCUUCGCGACAAGGCUGCCAUACAAGACCGCCUUCUCGAGAAGUUGCUACAGCAAGUAAUACCACCGGAUGAUGAUGGCAACGCUUCGAUCCUUAACUACCCUUCGGGCCCGGCCCAAGCGGAGCGCCCAAACUUCAACAUCACAACCAUGUCCAACAACUUCCGUCGCUUCAAUGCUCGAGUGUAUACAUUUGUCUGCCUUGAUCCAUAUCUUCUCUCCGUCUUACCUCUAGCCAUCCUUAUCGUCGGCGUCCUAAUCCCCUCGUUCCUAACCAGGCAUCCUGCCGCGCCUAAGCCGGCGCGGCCCUCUACGGAACAGACUAUUGCCUACUCCCCGCGUGGACCGCCCCUCGCUCCGGCGAUGACUGUCAAGCCCGUGAAGGAACUGAGCCGUGACUUCUUCAGCAACAUGCGAGACCUCCAAAACUCGAUGGACGACUUCAGUCAAGCCCAUGAUCAGAUUAUCGCUACCAUCGUGCCACUGACAAACUUUUCCAACGAAGCUCUUUCAUCCGCCCUGUUCCUAGGUCUCUUUUUGGGCUCUAUUACUAUGAGUAUAGCAGCUCACCUGCUGCCCUGGAGAGCAAUCUUCCUCUUGGUUGGCUGGGCCGUGGUCGGCAUGGGUCACCCCGCCGUCUCGCGCAUUCUGGCAUCCAUGCAAAAGACACAUGUCGAGCCGCAGGUUGAGAAGACCCGCAGCUUCCUUGACACGUGGAUUGCCAACGACAUCAUCCUCGACACCGCCCCCGAGACCCGCGAGGUCGAGAUCUUUGAGCUCCAGCGCAUGUCGUCCGCUGGUGAAUGGGAACCCUGGCUCUUCUCCCCGUCGCCCUACGACCCGCUCUCCUACCACCGCCUUGCAGGGGAACGGCCCCGCGGAACGCGUUUCUUCGAGGACGUCUCCGCUCCCGAAGGCUGGGAGUGGAGCGAAAAAAAGUGGGCGCUGGAUCUCUGGAGCCGAGAGUGGGUUGAGGAGCGCAUCAUUACGGGUGUGGAGGUCGAGACUGAGGGGGAGCGUUGGGUGUACGAUAUUUAUGAUGAAAAUGAGGCGCGCACGGGGGUUAUUGAUCACACCGAGUCUCCUGGGAGGCACCUCGCCGUACCCCAAACUAGUUGGGAGGAAAGUCUUGACGGUAUGGGGCGGAGGGGUGGGUGGCGAAGGAGGAGGUGGGUGAGGCUAGUGAAGAGGAAGACUACCACUGGAACGACUUAA